UUCCCUUCUCUACUGAUCUCACCGGGCCCAACUGAAAAAGCUCAAAUAUAAUUAGUAAUAAUAAUUUAAAGCGAAAGAGGCGAAAAGGAGCGAAAUCAUCGAAGCGGAAGCGGGAUUCGCGGCGGUAUCUAUAUUCUGCGAUGCCUUGUUCUUCGAUCGAGACUAGUAAUCAGUUUUGCGGUGGCGGCGACGGAAGUGAAGUGAGUGGGCUUCCGCACAAUUUCAAGUUGAACGAGUUCACUUUCUUAGCUUCUCUGAUGCCGAAGAAGGAGAUUGGCGCCGAUCGCUUCAUCGAAUCUCAUCCUCAUUACGACGGUCGCGGAGCACUAAUCGCAAUCUUUGAUUCUGGUGUUGACCCGGCUGCUGCUGGCUUGCAAAUAACUUCAGAUGGGAAACCAAAGAUCUUAGAUGUUAUUGACUGUACUGGGAGCGGCGAUGUUGAUACCUCAAAAGUGGUGAAGGCUGAUGCAGACGGUAGAAUUUGCGGAGCUUCAGGAGCUUCAUUGGUUGUCAAUUCUUCAUGGAAAAACCCUUCCGGUGAGUGGCAUGUGGGCUAUAAGUUGGUUUAUGAGCUCUUUACGGACACUUUGACUAAACGACUUGAAAAAGAAAGAAAGAAAAAAUGGGAUGAAAAAAACCAGGAGGAGAUUGCUAAGGCUGUAUUGCAUCUUGAUGAAUUUGACCAGAAACAUACAAAGUUGGAGGAUCCAAAAUUGAAAAGGGCUCGUGAAGAUCUCCAGAAUAAAAUAGACAUCUUAAGAAAGCAGGGUGAUAGUUACGAUGAUAAAGGUCCUGUUAUAGAUGCUGUUGUAUGGCAUGAUGGAGAAUUAUGGAGGGUUGCUCUUGACACUCAGAGUCUUCAUGAUGAUCCUGAAUGUGGGAAACUGGCUGAUUUUGUGCCCCUAACUAAUUACAGGAUUGAACAUAAAUAUGGCAUAUUUAGCAAGUUAGAUGCUUGUACGUUUGCUGUUAAUGUGUAUGAUGAGGGAAAUAUCUUAAGUAUUGUUACUGACUGCUCUCCUCACGCUACUCAUGUUGCUGGUAUUGCUACUGCUUACCACCCAGAGGAGCCCUUAUUGAAUGGUGUUGCACCUGGAGCACAGUUAAUUUCUUGUAAAAUUGGAGACUCGCGCUUAGGUUCAAUGGAGACUGGAACUGGCUUGACACGGGCACUGAUAGCUGCUGUGGAGCAUAAGUGUGAUCUGAUCAACAUGAGCUAUGGAGAAGAUACAUUAUUACCUGACUAUGGACGCUUUGUUGAUCUUGUCAACGAAGCCGUGAAUAAGCAUCGCUUGAUAUUUGUGAGUAGUGCUGGUAAUAGUGGGCCAGCAUUGAGCACAGUUGGUGCUCCAGGUGGUACCUCUUCAAGCAUCAUAGGAGUUGGUGCAUAUGUCUCUCCAGCAAUGGCUGCCGGUGCUCAUUCUGUAGUUGAACCUCCUCCUGAAGGGCUUGAGUACACUUGGUCCAGCCGAGGACCAACAGCUGAUGGAGACCUUGGAGUUUGUAUAAGUGCUCCUGGAGGGGCUGUUGCUCCUGUUCCUACUUGGACUCUCCAAGGGCGCAUGCUCAUGAAUGGAACAUCAAUGGCAUCUCCAUCUGCUUGUGGGGGAAUUGCGCUGCUUAUUAGUGCCAUGAAGGCUGAGAGAAUUCCUGUGAGCCCAUAUAGUGUAAGGAAAGCUCUUGAGAAUACAUCCAUUCCUGUAGGUGGUUUGCCCCAAGAUAAGCUAACCACUGGACAAGGGCUUAUGCAAGUUCACUCAGCAUAUGAAUAUAUACGGAAGUCUCGGCAUCUUUCAUGUGUUUUUUAUCAAAUAAAGGUCAAUCAGUCUGGAAAAUCGACUCCUACAUCGCGAGGUAUCUACCUAAGAGAGGCUACUGCUUGCCAACAAUCUACUGAGUGGACAGUGCAAGUUGAACCAAAGUUUCAUGACGAUGCAAGUAAAUUAGAAGAAAUGGUUCCCUUUGAGGAGUGUAUUGAGCUAUGCUCUAGCGAUAAUGCAGUUGUGAGAGCACCUGAGUUUCUUCUCCUUACUAAUAAUGGGCGCACCUUCAACAUAGUUGUUGAUCCCACCCAUCUUGGUGAUGGUCUGCACUAUUAUGAAGUUUAUGGAAUUGAUUGCAAAGCCCCAUGGCGUGGUACCCUGUUCAGAAUCCCGAUUACUAUAACAAAGCCCAAGGCUGUAUUGAAUCGACCACCACUGGUUUCUUUCUCAAAGAUGUCAUUCCUUCCAGGCCACAUAGAACGGAGGUAUAUAGAGGUACCACUUGGUGCUAGUUGGGUUGAGGCUACCAUGAGGACAUAUGGGUUUGAUACUUCUAGACGAUUUUUUGUUGACACUCUCCAGAUUUGUCCAUUGAAAAGGCCUAUCAAGUGGGAAAGUGUUGUAACAUUUUCUUCUCCUACUGCCAGAAGCUUUGACUUUCCUGUUGUUGGUGGUCAAACAAUGGAACUAGCAAUAGCCCAGUUUUGGUCGAGUGGCAUGGGAAGUCAUGAGGCAACUUUUGUAGAUUUUGAGAUUGUCUUUCAUGGAAUUGGAGUCAACAGAACAGAAGUAGUCCUAGAUGGAAGUGAAGCACCCAUCAGAAUUGAGGCUGAAGCCCUAUUGGCCUCAGAAAAACUUGCCCCUACUGCCACUUUAAACAAGAUAAGAGUUCCAUAUCGACCUACUGAGGCAAAACUUUGUACUCUUCCGACCAAUCGUGACAAGUUACCAUCAGGGAAACAAAUACUGGCAUUGACAUUAACUUAUCGCUUUAAAUUGGAAGACGGGGCAGAAGUGAAAGCUCAUAUUCCACUUCUCAACAAUCGUAUAUAUGACACGAAAUUUGAGUCCCAAUUUUACAUGAUUUCUGACACAAACAAGCGUGUAUAUGCAAUGGGUGAUUGUUAUCCAGACUUUUCAAAACUUCCGAAGGGAGAAUACACGUUGCAGCUGUAUUUAAGGCAUGACAAUGUCCAGUACUUGGAAAAAAUGAAGCAAUUAGUUCUAUUUCUGGAAAGGAAAUUGGAGGAGAAGGACAUUAUUCCAUUGAACUUUUUCUCUGAACCAGACGGCCCUGUGAUGGGAAAUGGUACCUUUAAAUCCUCUAUUUUGGUUCCGGGUAAAAAGGAAUCAUUUUAUAUAAGCCCACCAAACAAAGAUAAGCUCCCAAAGAGUUGCUCGCAAGGAUCUGUAUUGAUAGGAUCAAUAUCUCAUGGGAAGCUAUCAUAUGCUGAAGAUGGCAAAAGUCAACAUAACAAUCCUGUAUCCUAUCAGAUCUCUUAUGUUGUACCACCCAGCAAGAUUGAUGAAGACAAAGGCAAAGGUUCAUCGGUUAGCACAAAAUCUAUUGGUGAACGUUUAGAAGAAGAGGUACGAGAUGUGAAAAUAAAGGUUUUCGGAAGCUUGAAGCAAGAUACUGAUGAAGAUCUCUCCGAAUGGGAAAAAUUAGCUCAAUCUCUCAAGUCUGAGUACCCUAAAUACACUCCAUUGCUUGCUAAGAUCUUGGAAAGUUUGCUUUCAAGAAGCAAUAGUGGGGGCAAAAUCGACCAUUACAAAGAGGUUAUAAGUGCAGCAAAUGAGGUGGUUGAUAGUAUUGACAGAGAUGAAUUGGCAAAAUUCUUUUCACUUAAAUGUGAUCCUGAGGAUGAAGAUGCAGAGAAAAUUAAGAAGAAGAUGGAGACGACUCGUGAUCAAUUAGCAGAGGCACUUUACCAAAAAGGACUGGCACUGGCUGAGAUUGAAUCUGUAAAGGGUGAGAAAGCUGGGGGCUCUGAUCAGCCAGAUUUAUUCGAGGAGAACUUUAAAGAGCUGACAAAAUGGGCAGAUAUAAAGUCAUCAAAAUAUGGCACUGUCUAUGUAUUGCAUGAGAAAAGGUGGGGAAGGCUUGGAACCGCAUUGAAGAUACUCAAUGACAUGAUUCAGGAUGACGGAUCGCCUCCGAAGAAGAAGCUCUAUGAAUUGAAGCUGUCUUUGCUUGAUGAUAAUGGAUGGAUCCAUUUAUCAACCUAUGAAAGACAAUGGAUGCAUGUGCGGUUCCCACCGAGCUUACCCCUGUUUUGAGGUUUGACAAUAUUACGAGACCCGAGUAUCUGUUAGUGGUGAACCUGCUUUGGUGCCAGUUUCAGUUUGGCAAAACGUUGAACCUUAGGAAGAUAUGGAAUGGUAGUUUCUGUAAUAAUAAAAUAAAAAUGUCGAAUACUUGUUCGUUUGUGUUGAUCCUUACCGUAGA